GUCCUUUCUGAAUUUUGACUUGAUAAUUACUAUCUUGUCAGUCCUUCCAUACUUUUAUAAUACUUUAUUCAGUACUCUUAGCUGUUUUCAGCAGUAAAUUCAGUCUGUAUUACUAAAAAUAAAGAAUAUAAUACUUUCACUCUUAAAUAAGCACAAUAAACGCUAUCAACUUAAGUAACAAAGAUAAACAGAUUGGGUUGCCAAACUGUUGAUUAACAUGGGUGAGUUGUUCCUUGGCAGGUAAUUUGUUAUACUUUUCACAAUGUUGGGGUACCAUAUCCUAGAACAGCAUGUUUCACAAAAGAAUAUGUAAAUUAAUUUACUGCUUAGUCUAGAAUAUAAUAGUUGCAUAAACAACUGUAGUUCUUGACAGACUGUUAUAAAAUGUAAUGUGUCUGAAAAACAUCUAAAAUAAUUUGUAACAAAACACUUCAGCCUACCAAAAAUUAUUUUUUGGAGUAAUAACAUACUAUUAUUUUAUUUCAUGAGAAUUUCUAAAAUCAUAAGGACAGAUGGUUUCAAUUCAAGUGCAUUAAAAUGUACUUCCUGGACUUCCCUGGUAGUUCAGUGGUUAAGAAUCCGCCUUGCAAUGCAAGGGACACUGGUUUGAUCCCUGGUCUGGGAAGAUGCCACAUGCAGCGGACCAACUAAGUCUGUGUGCCAUAACUACUAAGCCCGCACUCUGGAGCCUGUGAGCUCCAACUACUGAAGUCCAUGUGCCCUAGAGUCUGUGCCCUCCAACAAGGGAAGCCAUUGCAGUGAGAAGCCUGUACCGCAAACAGAGAGUAGCCCCCACUUGUCACAACUAGAGAAAGCAUGCACACAGCAAUGAAGUCCUAGUACAGCCAAAAUGUAUAAAUAUUUUUAAAAUAAAUAAAAAAAUAAAUAAAAUGUACUUCCCUUUUUCUCCCGUCUAAGUAGUAACCAGGCCUGAUCCCGCUCAGCUUCUGGAUUAGACACCUUCAGGGUGGUAUGGCUAUAAAUAGUACUUCCACCCUCUUUUUCUUUUUGAGAAUUUUACAAUAAUCUUUGAAUAAUAGAAACAACCUCAUAUGUCCCCAAACUUAAAAUAAGAAACAUUGCUACUACUAUUAUAUUGGAAUUUUCUAUCAUAUGCGGCAAAAUCUGAUUUCAAUAUAGCCUAAACACAAAUUCAUAUGAUCCUCUAGCUACUGAAAUACCAUGUUCUUUCUUUCAAAAAAAAAAAGUACUAAUAAGUAUAAUGGAAUUGGAGAACUCUACUUCCACAUGGAUAUAAUGAGACUUCCUAAAAUUAAAAGGAGAGAUUUAAGUGUUUGGUAAACUGACCCCCAGGGCUUCCGUGGUGGCUCAGUGGUAAAGAAUCUGCCUGCCAAUGCAGGAGAUGUGGGUUUGAUACCUGGGCUGGGAAGAUCCCCGGAGAAGGAAAUGGCAACCCACUCCAGCAUUCUUGCCUGGGAAACUCCAUGGUCAGAAGAGCCUGGUGGGCUAUAGUCCAUGGGGUUGCAGAGCCGGACACAACUUAGCGACUAAACAACAACAAACUGACCCUCAGUCACUUCCUGUGAAGUUUAACAUACAUACAUACACAGAAGCUGAAAUAGAAGAAACUGAAAUGUCAAAACUCUCAUUCCUUAUUUCCACAAUAUUGUUGAACAUAGUAUUUUUAAAACACUAUUAUUAAGCACUAAGAUUGAUGAGUGGCUUCUCAAACUCACAGAAAGAAUCUUAAAAGAGUUCAAGGCUGAACCCUCAAAGUAAAGUGGGAAUGAAGUACCUGAUCAAUAAUAAAUUUUGAACACUACAGACUUUUAAAAUGUAGGUACUUUUAAUCUCAUACAAAACAUGACUCCUAGAGUAUAGUUUCUUCUCUAAGAAAAUCAGCUUCAAUUUUUAAUACAGUAAAUUCUAUUUAGGGUAAAAUUUGGGGUAAAAGAAUGUCAAAUGUAAUUUAGAGAAAAAUGAAGGAUUUAGUAAAUAGACAUAAAGAGAUUUUCUUUAUACGUAAUAUGCUAAUGAGUGAGCAAGUGAGUGAAAGUUGCUCAGUCCCUCCAACUCUUUAUGACCACAUAAGUUCCCUGGUUGUCUAGUGGUUAGGAUUCGGCGCUCUCUUUAUGACCACAUGGAAUUCUCCAGGCCAGAAUACUGGAGUGGGUAGCCUUUCCCUUCUCCUGGGGAUCUUCCCAACCCAGGGAUCGAACUGGGAUCUCCUGCAUUGCAGGCAGAUUCUUUACCAGCUGAGCCACAAAGGAAGCCCAAGAAUGGAGUGGGUAGCCUUUCCCUUCUCCAGGGCAUCUUCCCAACCCAGGGAUCGAACCCAAGUCACCCACAUUGCAGGUGGAUUCUUUACCAGCUGAGCCACAAGGGAAGCCCAAUAACUGCUGGUUUUUAUUACUUUUAAAAUUUAUUUUACUUUUGGCUGUCCCAGGUCUUCACUGCUGUGAGGGUUUUUCUUCAGUUGUGGUUAGCAGAGGCAACUUUCUAGGUGAGGUGCUCGGGCUUUUCAAUGCAGUGGCUUCUCUUGUUGUGGAACACAGGAUCUAGAGUGUGUGGGUUUCAGUAGUUGCGGCUCCCAGGCUCUAGAUCACAGGCUCAGUAUGCGUGGCAUGCGGGCUCAGCUGCCCCAGGGGCUGGGGGAUCUUCCCCAACUAGGGAUCAAACCUGUGGAGCCCGUGGUUCCUACACUGGCAGGUGGAUUCUUCACUGCCGAGCCACCAGGGAAGCCCCAUACCUUCUGGUUUUUAAAUGGUAACAAUCUGGCAAAGAAAAUGUCAUUACCUUGUUUUCUUUUCUAAGGUAAGUUGGCUCUUCUAGAAAUUAGAUCCAACUUUUAACAGAUUAUUUACACAAUUGGUCCACUAAAGAGUAGAGCUAAAGCUAUCAUAAAUCUCAUUUUAUACAGCCCCUAAUGAAAAACUUCCCUUUUAUAUUAUUUCAUGUACUUUUAGAACUACAAACUGUUUUCUCAGUAAGAUAAAAUGUAAAACAUUCUGAAGAAAUUAUCUACAAUUUAUGCUAUUAUUUUCAAGACAUAAAAUCAAAUAAAUGGUCAUUCACAUAUUACCAAAGAUGUCUCUGGAGAAAAUAAUAUUCAUAUUCACUCACCAAAGUAACUUCAUGAAGGAAAAAAAUCCUUAAUCCAAAAGACAUAAAAUAAAACAUAUUUACAUUACCACAUGAACUGAUAAUUUUAGAAAAUGAGACAUUUGUUAAAAAACGUAGCCUCGUUUGUGCAUAGCCUGGGUAAAAUAAUCCUUUGUAUCAAAAAGAUAAAGAUAAAAUAAUCAUAUUUAAAUACUUUUGUACUUCCCCAAAAGAUGAACAGUUAAGUGGCUGAUAAAUUUGAAAAGCUGACUGUAUAUAAUAAUCACCAUACUGGGGGAGCAUAUAAAAAAUCAGAUGUUAUUUUUAAAAGUGACAUGACAAUUUUACCAUUUUAGGGGAAAAAAAAAAAAACAACAACAUGAGAAGGCAGAGUUAAAAAACAGUUAAACUAAUAUCUUAGAAAACCACCCACAAGGAAGGUCAAAUUCAUUUUCAGCAUUUUUCAAUGUAUAAAAAGCAUGAAAAGUAGGAGCAUUAAAAAGAACCACGAAUUCUCCACGAGGUAAAUGUUAAAAUGUGGAGCCAAAGCUCAGACAAACGCACAGAAAUGAGUAGGGCCAGGGCUAAAGUCCACGAGGUUUUCCUUCCUACGGCAAAUCUGAGAUAUAUGGGCACACUCAAUGCUAUAAAUUAAGAAGAAGGAUUUUUUCGGGGUUCACUCUGUUGCGCGUGCACCUCCUGCAAUAGAUUUGAGCCAGCACCAAUGGCAGCUCCGCAGUCCCCCUGUGUGGUGCUGAUCAGGUGGUUGCAGAGCUCCAGCUCACAGCAACACAAUGCAGCUGAGCAGGCAAGCACAGCCCACAGCCAGAAGCGGUUCCUACUUUCCAGAACAAGGCGACCUUUAAGCUUAAGUUUCCCGGAGAAAAUGAGAUGCUGAUGUUGAAGACGACACUAUGGCUUUGAUGGAAUAUCAGAUAUUGAAAAUGUCUCCCAGCCUGUUCAUCCUUCUGUUUCUCACACCUGGUAUUUUAUGCACUUGUCCUCUCCAAUGUAUAUGCACCGAGAGGCACAGGCAUGUGGACUGUUCAGGCAGAAACUUGACUACAUUACCAUCUGGACUGCAAGAGAAUAUUAUCCAUUUAAAUUUGUCUUAUAACCACUUUACUGAUCUGCAUAACCAGUUAACCCAGUACACCAAUCUGAGGACCCUGGACAUUUCAAAUAACAGGCUUGAAAGCUUGCCUGCUCGGUUACCUCGGUCCCUCUGGAAUAUGUCUGCUGCUAACAACAACAUUAAACUGCUUGAAAAAUCUGAUACUGCUUAUCAGUGGAACCUUAAAUACCUGGAUGUUUCUAAGAAUAUGCUGGAAAAGGUUGUCCUCAUUAAAAAUACACUACGAAGUCUCGAGGUUCUCAACCUCAGUAGUAACAAACUCUGGACAGUUCCAACCAACAUGCCCUCCAAACUACAUAUCGUGGACCUGUCUAACAAUUCCUUGACACAAAUCCUUCCAGGAACAUUAAUAAACCUGACAAAUCUCACACAUCUUUACCUGCACAACAAUAAGUUCACAUUCAUUCCAGAUCAAGCUUUUGACCAACUCUUUCAGUUGCAAGAGAUAACACUUUACAAUAACAGGUGGUCAUGUGACCACCAACAAAACAUUACUUAUUUACUUAAGUGGAUGAUGGAAACAAAAGCCCAUGUAAUAGGGACUCCCUGUUCUAGCCAAAUAUCAUCUUUGAAGGAACAUAACAUACACCCCACACCUUCUGGAUUUACCUCAAGCUUGUUCACUGUAAGUGGGAUGCAGACAGUGGACACCAUUAACUCUCUGAGUAUGGUAACUCAGUCCAAAGUGACCAAAAUACCCAAACAAUAUCGAACAAAGGAAACAACAUUUGGUGCCACUCUAAGCAAAGACACCACCUUGACUAGCACUGACAAGGCUUUUGUGCCCUAUCCAGAAGAUACAUCCACAGAAACCAUCAAUUCACGUGAAGCAGCUGCUGCAACUCUAACUAUUCAUCUCCAAGAUGGAAUGGUUACAAACACAAGCCUCACUAGCUCAACAAAAUCAUCCCCAACACCCAUGACCCUAAGUAUUACUAGUGGCAUGCCAAAUGAUUUCUCUGAAAUGCCUCAACAAAGCACAACCCUUAACUUACGGAGGGAAGAGACAACCACAGAUGGAAAGACACGCUUACCUUCUGUGGCAAGUGCUUGGAAAGUAAAUGCUUCGUUUCUCUUAAUGCUCAAUGCUGUGGUCAUGCUGGCUGUCUGAGGGUCUGCACUUUUCCGAAAUUUAAUGAAUGAACCCCUCCCUGAUGUACAGCUGGGAAAAUAUUCCCCUAUCUAACCAAUGACUCAAGCUAUAUUAAGUAUUUAAGAAAGCCAGUCUUACCAUUUCUGACUCUGAUGUAAAUGAAGUAACUUGUCUUAAAUAAAAGGAGUGCACAAUGUCUUGGUACUUGCUGCUAUUUUACUGUCUUAAUGAAGUAAAACUAAUGAGUUUCUUUUUUUUAAAAAUGAAGUGUUUUCUUUUUAAGGCUUCAAUUUACUGCACAAAAUAUAAAGCAUCUAAACUUUAAUAUGUAUUUUAUGUAUGUUUACACUGUCAAACAUCUGGGAAAAAAAUAAAAGGUCUAUGCUCAUAUAACUGUGUCACUUGGCUUUCUAGUCACACCAACUUAAUCUACUUACCAGAAAUGACAUGACAAACU